AGACGAUGCUUGGUCGCGCCUCAUCUGUGCUCUACCGCGCUACCAGACGUCGCGCUUACUUCAGGAGUGUCACGGUAAUACUGCCUGCCCACUGGUCCUCAUCGCGCUGCCCUCGCCCUAUCAGUGGUGCUGCUGCGCCCACCUAUCCACCCGCCUUCACUAUCUCUGAGCCCCACCCUGUGUAUGGCCACGUUCCCUGGACGCUGCAAGUGGGCGGCUGCGGCAAGCCAGGCAAGACAAUAUACCUGACUCCGGAAUACAUCACCGACAGGAACUUUUCAGAGACUUUGGGCGACCUUGGUCGUGUGCUGGUGCAGGAGUGGGCCAAAUACCGCUGGGGAGUGUUUGAGGAGUAUGGCCACCCAGACGACCCCCUCUACCCUGCCUUCCAUCGCUCCGCCACCCAGUCCCACUCCCCCACCGGCUGCUCCAACAUUCCUGUACAGGGCUCCACGACCGCGUGCGACGACCUCCGUGAAUCGACGUGCCGCUUCACCGCCAGCGCGACCAACAACGACGGCAUCAACUCGUCCCUCAUGUACCUGCACCACCUGCCGCACGUCACCCAGUUCUGUGACGUGUCCACCCACCAGGUGUCGCCGCCCACCAAGCACAACGCUCUCUGCAGCCACCGCUCGGCCUGGAGUGUGAUCCUGGAGCAUGAGGACUUCGUGAGCGGCAGUAACCCUGGAGGAGAGGCCACAAAAGACGUGACGCCAUCUUUCAACUACGUGCGUCCUGUGCCACCCCGCUAUGUCAUCGUGGUGGAGGACACUGCCACCAUGAAUGUUCAGAAACGCUGGGAGUUCCUUCGCAAGGCGGUGCGGAAGCUGCUGGUGUAUGAUGUGCCUGCCGGAAGCAUGGUAGGCGUGGUGAAGUUUGACCAGACCGCCAGAACCAAGCUGCCCUUAGAGAUGCUGCCCUCCACCCUGAACGAGCGGCAGCGUCUCGCCACGGCCUCCAUGCCUCGCAACCCCUCCAACGUCAUUCAGAGCCAGAAAUGCAUCCUUUGUGGGCUGGAGGAAGCUGCUAAGCUGCUGGAAGACAAUGGUAACAGUGCUGCGGGCGGGCGUCAUCCUGCUGAUCACCUCUGGCUCGCCGCUUCCCCUCACACCCUAUGACGUGAAGCAAAUGGGCGCAGUGGUGACCCAGCGAGGCGUCAGAGUGGUGCCCAUCUUGUAUCCAGUCACCUCACGCAAUCUCAAGCCAUCCCCGGGCGUGGAGACCCUGGCGCAACUGUCCGGCACGCAGUCCUUCGCGGUGCUGGACGAGGGCAUCGGCAGCGACUCCAAGGUGUCCAUGAUGGUGGCACUCAUGGACUCCCUCUACGCCGCCCUGGGACUCUUCACCCACGACGCCAAGCAGCUGCCUCUCAUGGUGCACAAGCAGGAAUAUCCGGGCGGCAUCAUCAGCAUCUCGCAAGGCUCCUUCAACAUCGACGAGACACUGGGAGGGGAAGUGAAGUUCGCCCUCACCUACUACGACCUGGGCCACGUCGGGAACACGGUGAACCUGAUCGACCCCAACGGUCAAGGAGUGAAGACUCUGCACAGCCAGGAGGAGGACAGCGAUGUGAACACCAUCUUCAUCACCCUCAGAGAUGCCAUGCCCGGGGAUUGGAUGUACCGUGUGGAGAACAAGGCAGACAGCCACCAGUCUCUUUACAUGAGGGUGUGGGCCACGCCGAGAGUCCCCAACGACACCAUGCCCUCCACCACCACCUCCAACGCCAUUUCCCUCACCGCCUGGACCUCCAACAGUGUCUCCCCGAUCAACAUCUCCGAUACUGAAAACCCUGUGGUGGUUUACGCUAAGGUGUGGUGGGGCAGCUCGCCGGUGGUGGGGGCACGCGUGGAGGCUUCCCUGCAGCGGAUCGGCAUCAACAACACUGGCAGCCGCUACGCCCCGCACAACUUCCUGCUUCACGACAACGGGAACGGAGACGCGGACAUCACGCGCCACGACGGCGUGUACUCCCGCUACCUGCCGCCCCUGGAGGCCCCAGACGCCCGCUACACCCUCACUGUCUCCCUCUCCGACAACUCGGGAGUCGCUCAAAUCAUCCUUCCCUCUCGUCAGUUCAUCGAGCCCCCCAGGCGCCUCUACACCAGCACCCACACCCACUACACUGGACAGGUGGGCGUGGCUGGUAUUGGUGCCCAGUACACGCGCACGCAUGCCUAUAACCCAGUGUGGCCGAGGUGCUGCGGCUCUGUGGUGCCCUACGCAACAACUCGCCCGACUGGCCAGCUCUCCCGCACUGUGACUGUAGGCCUGAUAGAUCUGAUUGGCGGUGAACGUUCCCUCUCCCACAUCCCCCCCUCACGCAUCGGCAACCUGCGAGCUGUCAUCAACGCACCUGCCCAACAGAUCACCUUCUACUGGACGGCGCCCGGAGACCAGCGUGACCACGGCACAGCCAUGAGAUAUGAAGUUACGUUUUCGCGGGACGCCGCCAAUACGGGUCAGGGCCGCGGUGAGCGGGCCACCGAGUGGUCAUCACCAAACAUAGUGGGAACCGAAUCGAGUCACACGGUCCGCUGGGGGCGUCACGAUGGAGUGUACUACGUGGCCAUCAGGGCCGUGAGUCGCCUGGAGGUGGAAGGUCCAUGGUCCAACACGGCUGAGGUGUUCAUGCCGCACCCGCCCACCACCACUGAAAACAUCCGCGGCUCUACCCUGGGCGGGGCGGUGAGUGGCAGCGUUAGCGAGUUAGGGGUCACCACCCCUCAGCCCGCGUCACUCUCUACUCGUAACAUCCUGGCCAUCGUGGGUGCUGGCUGCGGCAUCCUGGUGGUGAUACUAGUUAUGGCCGUGUAUUAUUUAGUAGUGGUGACCCGCCGUCGCCGACAGAAGCAGGAGAAGAAAGCCAUUGACGUGCUGGAGCCCGCCACCACAACUCCUGGGGCAUGCGACGCUGACAGCGAGACUGACUCAAUCACCAAGCCGCCGCCACCCACCGAUGCCCCGGCAGCUGGGGAAGGCGAGGUGCCCGGAAAGAGAGCCAUGAGCCCCAUCCAGUCCUGGCCGGCCUCCACCCUCCUCGCCGAACACGAGAAGCGCCAUCCCCACGAUGUCACUGACGGCGAGGGCGGGGAGCUCACCCUGCACCAGCCAGACCUGGGCGUGCCCUACAUGCCCCCCACCCACCAGGUGACGCCCCACCCGUUCUUCUACCACACACCGAAUGGCCACUACAUAGAGGACAAUCUUCCAAUGGACAGUGGCUCCAUGAUCUCCACUCAGCCCUCUGAGUCUCUCCACAUGUACAAGGUGGACUCCAGCGCCACGGAUUACUCCCAGCCCCCCUCCUCCUCCGCCGUUGCGCCAACACCCGUGUCGUGGGAAGCUGGGCGACGACCGGGGCCUACAAAGGUGCCUCCCCCUACACCCCCAAAGCCCACGCUGUCCGCCCACCUGACUAUGGGUGGGGUGGCGGCCACCUCUCACGGUCAGGAGCGGAAGCGGAGGAAUGUGACGCAAGUGUGAGGCGUCCGCUGCACUGCUGUGCUGUGGCUCAACAUUCGCCACUUGUGAAGCUGUCAUGAUGAUGUUCAUUAUUAAUUUGAAAAUAUGAUGGGUAACUGACGAAGCUCUGGCGGACAAGGUCACCCUGUGGAGCAGCGGCUCAGACGCACGAGAGCAAGCGCUCCAAACGUUCUAUGGGGAAGGUGAGUGUGGUGCUCACCAGAACCUGGAUGCCACCAUUCAUGAACUAACUAAUGGUGACAUUUUUCGUUUUGAAAAAAAAAAAAAAAAUGAAUAAAGUGUUUUCUUUUUGGGACACUCGGCAGCAUUAUAGUGCGGACACACUGACAGUGGAGUGUGACGGCCUUGCUUGUGGUGUUCAUACAGGAUUUACCUCAGUUUUUAACAAAUUUAUGAACAAAUACAAGUUAAGGUUAUAUUAAUGAAAUACAUAUAAGCCUAUGAAGUGUAUCAAGUCUUCAGUAUGAGAACUUAAAGCCCGUGUAGGUAGUGCCCACAUUGGCUUGCCUUACGUCUAGUAUGUAAUUUUCGUGACAUCCUACAAGUGAGGGACAUGAAGGUGGCAGGACAAGUGUGGCUUAGGGAACCACUAACGCUCCUGGACACGGCGAUGACCGUAUAUUCUAAAGAGCAAGUAUCCUCGUCAACUUGUACGUGAAAUAUUGUUCUCAUAUCAUUGUUAGUAAUCUACACUUGCACGAAACUUUCAGUAACAGACAAACUACUACUUUCUUUUUCGACCAAAGUAUUAUAUUCCUCUGAUGGCUCCCAAGGGAAGGGGACGUCUUACACCCCAGGCUGGAGGUACUCUUAUUUUAUGAAGGGGAAGGAUAUCGAUGCGUUCAUUGUCGUAAUAUUACAUGUGGUGGAGCACCAGAGAGCAUUUGUGCCUGCCCGCCCCUUUGACUUGCACCUGUACCCGACUCAAGUGUAUCAGAAAUUAUUUACUAUUCGAUGUCACGACACUAUUAUUCCCCCAAUUCCCGCCGUGGCCGCGUACAGGGUGACCAAAGCAAGGUGGUCGUGGCAGGUCAGGUCAUGUCAAGUCAGGUACUGUGCCGCAUGAGUCGCCACCUCUCAGCGUGACCAUUCCAGGUGUCAAGCUUCGGUCUUACCGUGCUUCAGGCUUCAUAUCCUGUGAAGCACAUCUCUCUCAACCAAGCUUUACACUUCAUACGAUUUUGUAUUCCCUAAUGUAAUAGUUGUGGAGUGUUCGUAUAAAUGUAUUAGCUUUUCAGUGUCGGGAGGGAGUGUGCUGCUCACGCCAGGUGUAGGUCGUGCCCCUCCAUACUCCACCUGUCACCCGCCCGGGUCGCAAUGCUCUUGUAAUAAAUAUAAACUUUGUCGUCCACCUGGGAAGUAUAUGCACAUAAUUUAAUCACGUAUUUAUAGCUGCACCAUUCUUUUUGUAAAUUAUGUAAAUAGAAGUUUUUGUGCCAAAUUUCAUGUAGGCCAUGUCUAUUUUUGUACUUGUGAUACACGAGGAACGAGGAAGACUGUGGCACUGCAGACUCAACAAGGUACCGCAGAACCGAGGCAGCCUGCCCCUCAAGGACACCCCAGUGACGCCUCCUGACCAAUGUCACGUGUUCUGUGGCGAGUGUGUGCAGCUUCCGCGGUGGGCAUUAUAACCCUCGGAUGAAGCAAGACAAUGGGACCUACUGGUGUGUGUGGGUUUGCUCGUGUGUGUGUGUGUGUGUGUGUGUGUAUGUGUAUGUGUGUGUGUGUGUGUGUGUGUGUGUUUGACGUUUUGCCUUUCUGUGGAAAAUUUACUUAAAAGUUGCCAGCGCUUGGAACUUCUUGCGUACAACAGCAUCUUUUGCGAGUAAUGAGUGAAGCGUUGCUGAAGUAACAAGAGUCCUGCUGGCUCCAGUGUCCCGCCGGUCAUUACGCCCUCCCUCAUUUCCUUCCUCAGGCGCACGUGAGGACCUCAUUCCUACUGGUCACUGGGACUAGAGUUCGUGUGAGUUAAUGUGCGAGUGUGUGCGCCUGUUAGUGCAGGCUGCAGCCCGCGGCGCCGCCUGUUCUGGGCAUGAGCCGCGCGUUGCAUGGCCAGUUUCCAUGUAAAUGGUAAUUGAUAGCUGUCAGCGCUGCUUCAGUGAAAAAUUAUAUAUAUAUAAAUCUGAGUGUACUCUAGUAAAGUGAUGUUUUCCUUAGUGAUGGAUUAUCUAGUAGGAACAUUACAGGGAAUAGCACUGACUAAUUUUAUUACAGUUUUAACAGUUGUAAUUUUUUUUAAUGACUAAUAACAUGGAGUUAUCUCACCUGUCGGUCGGCACCACAUCAUCAGUAAUUACCGCAAUGAAAAAAAAAAAACUCGACAGCCGACCAGCAGCAAGCGCAGCAGCAACCGCAGCAGAAAGCGGCAGAGCGCCGCCACGCUGCCGCCCAGACAGGUGAACUCACCACCACUCUCCUGCCGCCCCGCCGCUUUCCCGGACCGGGGUGAGCACUGACCCCGACUCUGUGCUCAACACUUUCUGACCUUAAACUUCUCAGUGUUUCGUGUUCAGCAACGCUAUCGCCCGCCCGCCACCCUGACCCGGCCCCCUCCACCCAGCUGCCCCAACCUCCUCUCCCACGCCGCCACGCCCCGGGCCGUCAGUGGUACUCCCUCCCCCCGCACCGAGGACACAGUGCAGAAUUUAAUGAGUUGAGCCGGGUAGAGCCUGAAUAGUUUAUCCAUUAUGCUGGCCAUUCUAUUUAAGUUAUCUGUGAAAAAAAAACUGAACUGACUUUUCAGAUAUGAUUAUACCUUAUCUCAAAUUAUUUUUUAUUUUACAGUAAGGCAUAUCAACCUGCUUUAGCACUUAUGUAAUGCUGUACGAUAAUCAUUAUUGUGUAAGUUUGCACACUUGUGUUUUAGAAUGUAAGAGAUCCACCUGUGCUGGAGCUGAGAUGAACGUGUGUCAAGGUUCAUUAGGACGGAGGACGGAAGAGGAGACGAGGCGCCGGUCGUAAGGAAGUGUGGAUCACCCCGUCCAUGUCUAUGUAUUGUUGAUGUGUUAAUGAAUAGGACAGUCAUACUUGUUUUAUAUGUACUAAUUUUUAUUUGGAUCUCUCUGGUCGAGCCCCCGCGGGUCACGCCAGGACGUCGCUCCGAGCACGGUGAAUAGUCUUGCUUAAAUUUGCUUCAGACCCAAACCAAGUGACUUGGGAAGAUUUUGGUUACUACGUCACGCGAGAUUAAGCUCCGGUAACACCUGUAGGACCGACUGACUGGUGGCGCCUCGCUAGGGGCGGCGACAGAACACGGCUAGAUAAACGGACCCAGCAAGCCGUGUGCGAGGGAGGGCAAAUCAGCCUCAUAACGACUGGUCUUGUCCUGCUCACUCAUCUCCCCAGUUCGAGUAGUCUCAUUUCGGUAUGAACCAGUAUCACGGCGCUCCUGUCAACCCCACCUCCCAGCCUGCAGGCGUGGCACUUGACUUCUCGUGUUGUGUCACUGAAUUUCUUUGUAAAUACUCUGCAAGGCUCUCAUGACAUUGAUGCUAACCAGAUCACCAAGGGGUCGCUGGAGAGCCGAGUGACUGCGGACCAGGCCAGUGUAACAAGGCUCCGGACUUAUCUCGUUGUGUGAUGGUUGCUGUCAACUGUUCGUUACGAAGCCACUGUGAUUAUUGUAGUUUAUCAUUACUCCUUAGAUAUUUAUAUGAAAAUUAGUGUCACAUUUUCCUCCUUUUUUAAUUUAUCUAGUCGUGGGAUUCAUACAUCAUUGUCCCUGUGUACAGAUCUCUAAAUAAAAGACUCAUUGCUACUAUAAUUGUCGUACACCUUUUACCUGCUUGCUUGUGUGUGUGUGUGUGUGUGUGUGUGUGUGUGUGUGUGUGGUUGUGUGUGUGUGUGUGUGUGUGUGUGUUGUUCAUUUCAUUCUUAUGGCCACAAUCUUUUUAUUUUAUUUCGUUAUUAUUUUACGGUAACUAUUUUACGUCUGGCAAGGCGGCCAUGCCCGUGGUGCUGCCGCCUGCUACAAUCACUCUCCCUGCAGUAUUACGUGGGAAAGGAAGUAACGGGUCGACGUGUUUGAUAUUUCUUCAUCUACGGAAGUUUCUUCGUCAUCAAACGGCGUGAAAAACCAGGCGAGUUAAGAAGACAAUAAGCCCCGCAUGCUGCUCCUUGAUGGCUGCUGUAGCUAAUUAUACUUUGGAUCUGAGAGGGAGCCGAGUCAUCAAACGAAGGUCACGAAAUAUUCUCCUGAUGAUGAUGUCCGCUGUCAGUGCCAACACAUACACAGAACGGUCAAACGUGCAGGGCUACUUCCAAGGGACUGACAAGGCUCUCAACGUAAAGACGCUAGCAGGUGAGAAUAGGAGCAAGAAACCUUUAAAGUGCUCUCUUUUGAGACGUAAGGACAUCGCCAAAUAAUGAAAAGAAGAGAGGAAGGAAGAGAAGAGGAGGAUUUAAAAGGUAGAGGAGAGAGGGGAGGGUAGACGGCUUGGGCAGCGUGAUGCAGUGUUAUGUACUAUUCACCAUCACUCUUACGCUUGAUUCUCCCAGGAGUUAGCGCCAGGUUCAAACAGCGGCAGAGUGGCGCAGGUAGUAACCUUCAGUCCUUGGCGAGACGUCGUGAAGAGGGCAGGGAGUUGGAGGAGUCAGAAAAUAAGUUUGAAUGCAAUCUACAACAUACGAAAAGUAUUGCUAUAUGGAUAUUUCUUAUUAUUGAAGACCAUGUAAAUUCACUUACUACGGUAGGAGCACAACGUGGCCACAGCGGCAUUGCAAUAUGCGGCACACUGUCGGCGGCUGGCGCAGUACUUCAGCCAACAGGGCUCGGCGACAGCGAAAUCUGCUUCCUUUUGGGUGAGAAUUGUAACAGCAAAGUAUGGGCAAAUACAUGUGACUGCUUCAAAUCAAAACAUUAACUGUGAGAACUACAGGAUGCAGAACUCCAAUACAGUCAACUUGGGUUUGUUGGAACAUAAGGGAAGCUGCAAGAAACAGUCAGCUGUCAUGGCAGUCCCUGCAUAUCCACAUUGUUCCACCUAUCAGCCUCAUCCAUUAAUUAUCUAGUUACUGGCUGUCAUAGUAGUGGCUUACAAGACCCUGCAAGUAAAGGCAUUGGAAAUCUUCAGCUAUGACAAGUAAUUUCUGGAAACAAAAAUGGACAUGCAAAAUUUAUAACAUGACAUUUUUUCAAAUACAACUGCAGGUCUGGGAUAAUCAAAUUGACCAAUAUGGAUUACAGGGAUAUCAAGACAACAACACAUCAGUAGAAAUUGAUCUGGAAGACAUUGGCUGAUAGUGUUGCCAGUAAAUAAGCUGCAAAAGUUUGAGUUAUUUAUUUAUUUUUCCCCCAAUUCAAUUGAAUUUUAUUUAUUUCAUUUUAUUUAUUUAUUUUUUUCUUUUUUUCAUAUGGGGAAAACAUUUAUAUAGUAGAUCCACAUUUGAAGAAUAAAAUAAUCCUGUACCCAAAACCAAGAAA